AUGAGAUAUAUGGUUUCGGAUGACGAGCUUCUCGUCCUUGUUGCCGUCGUUUUGAGUAUUGAUGAUGAUGAUGGUGGUGGUGGUGGUGGUGGUCGUCGUCGUCGUGAUGGUGGUGGAAUGGGACGGGAAAACGCAGAGAGGUUGGAGAGUGACCGAGGGAGGAAUACAAAUUGA